AUUUGCCUCUACGGCAAACCCAAACGGUCAAUCCAGCCGUUAGCACUUCGCUCAGGUAGCGCGGUAGUUUUCACCGGGUUGGGGCAUGUACUUUCGGAUUGCUGCGUGAAGACAAACCUCACCUGAGGACAGCAGGGAUGGCUCUGGAGCAGCUCAUUGAUGUGGUCCAGAGAUGUCAAGCAGUCCCUGAUGACAGCUACACCACUGAGGAUCAUGACGUCUUCACGAUUGCUGGGCGCACCUGCAUCGAGGAGGGAAACAGCACACAGGUCCUCAGUAUUAUCCUAGAUGAAAAGAAUCAGGACAUAGUGAGAUGUAUGGGUUGGAAUCUGCUGCCUCCCCUGAUUCGGGUUUUGCUCCAGAAAGACGACCAGCACCUUCCUCAAUGCCUGGCCAUUUUCAACCACCUGCUAGAGACUUGCAGGCCCAAGGAGCUGCUGAUUGGCCUGUUGGAGCAGCUGGAGCAGGAUGACCCGGACACUGUAGCAGAAAGUCUCCAUCUGCUCUUGAAACCUCUACAGAAGGUGCUGCUGUGUCUGGGCACCCGUAAGGCCUCGUCCUUGGGCAUGACCCUGUCCUCUGUGCUGGACCAGGUGGCCAAACUGCCUCUGCCUCACACCAAGGACCAAGAGGAGGACGACGUCUUCUCGCUAUGUCGUUCCUGCACUGACCUGAUAGCCUUUGUCAGACCCUUUGUCAACGAGGUCAGUCAAAACCUCUUAUACAGUGAAGAGCUAAGCGAGAACACGGACAAGAUGGCGGGCGGACAGAGCUACGAUAACGAGGACGAACUGCGGACAGAACUGCUGAAGUUCUGUAUGAAGACUCUGAGUCACCCUUUGUUGGAAGUACAACUCAAGGAUCCGGACACUCUGGCUGUGUCUCCCCUCAGGAAUUUUGCCACAGAGAUUCUGAAUACCCUCAGUGCUAUCGGAGAGUCCCUAACCAGUCUCGUGUACCAGCCUCUGCUGAAGAGAAAACAGGUUCCCGGCUUUCUGGAGGAGGAGGUGCGUUAUCCUAAAGAGUCUUUGGCCAGCCUGGCCCACCUGGUGUUCGUCCAUCACCUGGCUGCAGAUACGUUCCCCAGUGUUUUCUGUCCCGUGUUCUGUCUUCGGUGUAACAUGGAGCAUAUCUGCCUCCUCUUGUCCAGAACUGAGGAGACCAGGAUUCAGAAAGGACUGGAGCUGUAUGAGAAGAGUCUGGUGCGGGUAGCAGAUGGCAGUCUUCCUGCAGAUCUGUUGGAGAUCAAAACCUUCCUCACUGUCCCUCAGAACUUGGUGAAGGUUAUGACGAUAUGUCCGAGGCAUGAUUUGAGAACUAAAGGUCUGAAGGUGUUCCAGCUGAGCAUUGAUAAAUUUGACACUGAAGCCAAGUACAAUUUUUUCCAGUACCUGCUGAAGACCAGUAAUCACUCAGGAGUCGAAGGCUACAUCAUCAAAAACAUCAAAAAUCAGAUAGACAUUGCCCUGAAGCCAGGUAGCAGUAACACCUGGUUUGUGGGGGUUCACCUGCUCCCUCUGCUGCGUAAGGUUCUCAGUCUCCCAGACGGCCCGGAGACCGACCUCUUGCAGUACCUGGACAGAGUUAUGGAGUCUCUGAACCUGCUGCGUUACCUGGUCAUCAGAGACAAAGUGACAGAGAACCAGACGGGGAUCUGGACAGAGCUGUAUAAAAUAGAAGAUACAUUUUUGAAGCCUCUGCGUGUCGGGCUGAACAUGUCGAGAGCCCACUACGAGAGGGAGCUGCACAACACCAUGGAGACCAAGAAAGGCAGGGCCAAAGAGGAGCCGAUGCUUUCUGUGUCUGUUGGUGACGAGAAGCUGCCCAACAUGACGUCGGAGUCACAGAUUCAGGCUCUGCACUCAGCCCUGCACACGUUUGACAUGAUCGAGAGCGUGCUGGUGCGGAUAGAGGAGCUGGUGGAUGUGAAGGAAAAUCUUUAGACUGAGCUAAGAGACAGCUGCCAGACGUCCUCACAAGUCUCAGGACCUAACGGACAAAAAAGCCUUCAACUGUACUGUUGAUUUAUUUUGAUCCAAAUAAAUCAGUUGUGGAUGCCUCAUUUCAGAGUCUAA